UUUUACUUUGACUCAAGUAAAAUUCUCAUGGGAGACUUUGUACUUUGACUCGAGUACUUUUAUACUUCGGUAUGUACUUCCACUCAAGUAGAUUUUUUCAGUACUUUAUACAACACUGAUCGAUUCUCAAUGAUCAAAUGUUGACCUAAUGACUAAAUAGAGUCCUCCAAAUUUACUCUCAGUUGUGCAAUGAUGGUCCUUAAGGUCUUUCAUUGAAACCAAUGGAAACUAAUGCAAAAACUAAAACACUAUGGUGCUGCUAAACCUACAGCUGUACAAGGGAAGGGAAGGGAGCAGCCCAGAGGUCCAGGAUGACUCUGGAUGAACUACAGAGAUCCACAGCUCAGGAGGAGGAAUCUGUGCAUCGGUCAACUUUUAGUCAUCACUGCCCAAAUCUAACUUUUAUGAUAGAGAGGUGAAAAGUUCUAUUUUGUGUAAUUUGAGCAAAGCAGCUUCUCUUACAUCAUUUGUCCUGUCCCAUAUGUGACCUCUGGAAAAUGUUGUUGUAUUUUUUUACUCAAGGUCUUUGUUUUUGAUAUAUAACCUGCACAUUUGACUAAUGGGGUAAUAACUUUCUCACACUGUAUUUCUUCCUUUAAGGAUGCCUAAACGAAAGUACAAACUGUACUUGGAGCCUGACAACAAAGUACAGGUGCCUGAAAGAGCAAAAAAAAAGCCAAAUCCUGUCCAAAAUGAAGAGUCCAUCGCUGGAGAGGACGGCCAGGCCCCGAUGACAGACAGCGAUGAUGAUGUUCCUGUCCAAAAUGAAGAGUCCAUCGCUGGAGAGGACGGCCAGGCCCCGAUGACAGACAGCGAUGAUGAUGUUCCUGUCCAAAAUGAAGAGUCCAUCGCUGGAGAGGACGGCCAGGCCCCGAUGACAGACAGCGAUGAUGAUGUUCCUGACUCUCUUCCUGAAGAUAACCACACAUCGUCUUUUAACAGUGAGGAUGAAUCGUUACUGGAUACCUUCUCUGAGGCUUCUGUGGAUACUGACCCCUUCAGGCCAAGAAUACGUGAUCAAGACAUGGACACUGUCAUUUCACCAGCUGGGACAACAAAAGCAGAGGCAUUGCUCAUGGUGAUGAGCCAUGCUGCAAAACACAACAUCACUGGAACUCAACUUGAGGAUUUGCUGACACUCAUAAAUACACUAUUUGGAAAGGAAAUUUUGCCAAGAUCAAAAUACUUGUUCAACAAAUGUUUUAAAAAUAAUUCAGAUUUGGUUAAUUUCCACUACUAUUGCAAGUCCUGCAAGAUAUAUCUGGGUAUGCAAAAAGACAUACAUGGUGUAUUGUUAUGCCCCAACUGUGAAUCGCCAAUUGAAAUUAGUACACUCAACAAUGCAAGUUUUUUUAUUGAUAUUCCAAUCGCCCCUCAAAUCAGAACUCAACUUGAAAGUCCUGAAAUUCAAAUGAACCUAAAUUACAGACAUGAAAGGUCACAAGAACAUGAGGUUAUUGCAGACAUUUAUGAUGGUGAAAUGUACAAAAAAAUGUCAAAACCUCACAGAAUUUUGUCAAAUCCAAACAAUUUCUCUUUUAAUUUUAACUCGGAUGGGAGCCCUGUUUUCAAAUCUUCAAAAUUUUCAAUUUGGCCUAUCCAGUUACAUCUCAAUGAGCUGCCUCCCAAAAUACGGUUUAAAAAUGUUAUUCUUGCAGGCCUCUGGUUUGGUGCCCAUGAGCCAGUCAUGCCCAUUUUUCUCAAACCCUUUGUUGAACAGGCAAAUACAUUAGCCAGUACGGGAGUGGUUUGGGAUAAAAAUGGUGACCGUCAAAACAGCAAAGUGAUUGGAUUGUGUUGUUGUGUCGACUCUAAGGCAAGACCUGCCAUGCAAAACACAACUCAGUUUAAUGGAUAUUUUGGAUGUGGUUUUUGCUUACACCCAGGCACAUUAGUGGAGAAGCAGGUGAAGUACACAGUAACUGCCGAAUACCCUGAACGAGAGAGCAAAGACAUGUUGGCUGACAUGGAAAUGGCUGUUGAACAACACAAAAGUGUCAGGGGAGUGAAGGGUCCGUCACCUCUCAUCAACAUGCCGUACUUUGAUAUCGUAUGGGGUUUUAUCCCUGACUACAUGCAUGCAGUGUUGCUUGGUGUUGUUCGACAGCUUACUGAGCUCUUUUUGCACUCCUCCAAUCAACCUUAUUACAAUGGAAGCCCUACUACUAUGCAGGUACUCAACAAAAGAAUGAGCUGCAUAAAACCCCCUCACCUGAUAACACGACUGCCCAGACCUCUUUCAGAGUGCAGGCAUUGGAAAGCAUCAGAGUGGCGUGCUUGGCUACUCUUUUAUUGCCUGCCAGUGCUGAAUGGUGUGCUUCAACAACGCUACUUUAGACACCUAAGCCUCCUUGUUUCAAGUGUUUUCAUUCUCUUGAAGGAACAAAUCACAUUUGAUGAAAUCAACAAAGCCGAUGAAAUGCUCUUUGAGUUUGUUGCAAGGGUACAGUUAAUUUAUGGUGAAGCACAGAUGACCUCAAACGUCCAUCUUUUAACUCAUCUUUGCAAAUCUGUGAAAUUAUGGGGACCCCUCUGGGCGCACUCUGCAUUUGUCUUCGAAAACGCCAAUGGAUGCCUUUUAAAACUUGUGCAUGGCACAAAAUCAAUUGCCAUGCAGGUAGCCACUAAGUUUCUUCUUUUCAAGUCGAUACCGAUUCUCACUACACACUUUGCAGUCAGUGACAAUGUGAAGAAGUUUUGCCUUGUAGAUGGAAGGCUUAAAGGUGCAAAAAGCUAUCCAGAUUGCACAGUGCUAGAUAACGGCAGAGUGAUGAAAACAACAGAGGAGGAGAAGACUGCAUUUUCUGCUGCACAGAGAGAGCCACCACAGGAGCUUGAUAUACAUAAGAGAAUGGUGCAUCGAGGACUGGUUUUCACCAGUGCAAACUACAGUAGAAGUAAGAGGCGGAAAGACUGUUAUGUCAAGUUGACUAAUGGUACAUACGGUGAGAUACAGAGUAUAGUGUCUACAGAUGUGGUCCCUGAAGUAUAUGUUUUGUUGAAGAAACUUGACACAGGGGCUGUCUUUUCAUUAUGGCAAGACUAUGGAUUUGUGUCCCACAUCAGACGAGUGCACCGAACUGAUUCUUCUUUAUGCCUUGUGUCUGUGAAAGACUUGGUAGAGAAAUGCAUUGUGUUGAAAAUAGGUGAGGAAACAUACAUAUGUGAUUUUCCCAAUGCAUAUGAGAGGGACUGAUUUGUUUUCCCUUAAAGCCAGACUCUGCACCCAAAAUGAGUCAUUUGUCAAUGUACACUUUAUUUAUCUAGAUUUUGGAACCUCAUCAUCCCUCAAAUAUGGAAAAUAUGUCAUCCAUAUUUGAGAUAUCUUAAGACUUCAAGUGAUCUUAAUGUGUAUUUUCAGAAAGUUAUUUCAGUUGUGUUUAACAAAUAAAAUGUGAAGCUAUUUUUCAUAAAAUAUCUGUUGUUUUUUUCAAACUGUUUUGUGAAUGAACUCACCUUUCCAUUCAAAAAAAUUGAACCGGACUAAAACCAUAUUGGUGGUCUCUUGAUAAAACACACAUUUUUGGCUAAACUAAAGUAAAUGCAAUUGAUUGAAAACUCCCUAACUUAGUUUUAUUACACAAUUAUUUUAAUUUUGAUGUUUGAUGGGUUAUAUGCAGGUUCAUGCUGGUGAACCUGCCUAUAACCAGCAUGAAACCAUGGUGGUUACAUGCUGGUUAUUAUAGUGUUGCUGAUCCAUGCUGGUUUAAGAUGGUUUAUGCUGGUUAUUAUAGUUUGCUGGUUUAAGAUGGUUCAUGCUGGUUACUGUGAGGUUUUUGCUGGUCGAUGCUGGUUUAUGUUCGUUAUUGUGAGGCUUUUGCUGGUCUAUGCUGGUUUGAUGCUGGUUUAAGAUGGUUCAUGUUGGUUAUUGUGAGGCUUUUGCUGGUCUAUGCAGGUUUGAUGCUGGUUUAAGAUGGUUCAUGUUGGUUAUUGUGAGGCUUUUGCUGGUCUAUGCAGGUUUGAUGCUGGUUUAAGAUGGUCUCUGCUGUUGCAUGCUGGUCCAUGCUGGGGACACCAGCAUGGUCACCAGCUAAACCAGCACUCACCAGCAUCAAACCAGCUUAUACCAGCAAAAACCAGCAUAGACCAGCAUAAUUUCCAUGCUGGUCCAUGCUGGUUUUUUCAGC